CGCCGCCCCGACCUUACCUUCCAUCACCGCCUCCAAUUCUCAACCCUGCCAACCAUCGGCCCCUCCUUCCCUCGGCGCACCUCCUCUCCCCUUAUCCUCCUAUCUUCGGCCCAUCCGAGCUUCCUCGCCAAAGCCUUCCAAGAUCCUCCCACCUCCCUCGACACGUCCUCCCCGUCGCCGAGCUCCACCGCCGUUUGAGAUCCGCCUUCCACCCUGGUUCCACCUGCCACUCUCACCGUCGUCACUGCCCCAAGGCCUUUCAACAGGAGAGACACCGGUCUUUGUCCCCGGCCAUGCUUCAAGGAGAAAAGCGAGGAGAGAGGUUGAUGGCUGCCGAGAAACCCAUCAUCAAGGCACAUCACCUUGGCAAUGGCAACAUCGAGUACUACACAUCUCCUAUUACGAGCAUGAUGUCCAUGAUGAAGAACAAGGUCACGCAAUACCGCAGGUUCAAGAAGUGCGUGAUCAGGGGGAGGUCAACGUGUGGUGAUGUGAAGACACUACAGGGCAACUAUAGCUGGAUCCCGGAGGGUUGGGCAAUGGAGAUAAGGGCUGAAGGGGAGGGGGUGAACAAAAAAAUAUUCAAGUUCUUCGUCCAUAAGUCCUCCGGGGUGCGAUUUACAAACAAAGAUGAUGUAGAGGCCUUUGAAAAAAUAGUACGAGUGCCAAAGAUGCCACUGCCAUCCAAAGAAGAUGGGUCUAAACAAGAUGUGUCUAAAAAAGACGUGCUGCUCUUUGAAGAACCAAUAAAAAAGAGGAAGACCCCCAGAGCCUGCAAAGACGCAGUAGAGUGCGACACGAGCUCUCAGGAUAACAUGAUUGCACAGCUUGACUUCUAUACUGAGCGUUUGUCCGCUGGAUGGGUGAAGGAAACCUACUUCAGACCAGACGACAAAAAAAAGAAAGACACGUAUUUUACCGACCCUUCCAGUUCUGAGUAUCUCGUGUUCCGUACGAAGAAGGAUGCAACGAAAUACUUCUGGACUGGAGAACGUCCUAAAGAUUCCUGGAAACCGACACAGAGUGUCACCAAGAAGUACAAAGACUUGCUUGUUACAGUUGCAGAUGAAAAAGACUUAGACGGUCAACAUGAGCCCAAGCAAAAGAAGCCUAAGACUACAAGCACCGAAGCCGACGAGGCAAUGACCUGCUCACAGGCUGGGCUGCUAGGAAUCAAUCAAGGCCAAGAGAAAAAUUGAAGAAAAUCAGUGAACAAAACUAGAGUGAUCAAUGGCAGCAUUUUUCCCGCUUAAACAAAAAGAAAAAGGAACACUGUCGUUGCGAAGCUAUUUCCACCUUGUGUUGUGAACUUAAUUAUAUGGUGGGUUUGUCGUGAAACUUGCAACCAAAGGUGACAGUCGUAGGAGGUUUUCGUCCCAUUGUCCGACUCCGAGUAUGGGAUUGGACCUCCUCGGUGUGUUGAACCUUGUUUGCUUUUUUUCUAUUUUUGCUUUUGUGUUUUACCUCCUGAGAACUUAGCCUUGCCGUGGAACA